UUCAAAUUCAAGAUCUCCAUCGUUUCAAUCUCAUAAAACCCUAUCGUACCUUCCAUUGAUCCACCACAAAUCCAGGAUUUAGUAUUUUUUUUUUGUCGAGUAGAAGUAAUUUAGGUGAUUUGAUUCGGUUAGUAUGCUGAACGUAUCGACGGCGAUUGAGGAGCAGUUGAUAUCGAGAGCAAUUAAGGAGGAAUGUUCGUGGGAGAGUCUCCCUAAACGUCUCCAGACGAGUUUGAAUUCUAAGGAUGAAUGGCAUAGAAGGAUAAUUGCACAUUCUAUAAAGAAAAGGCUCCUAUGGCGCACUUCUUUUGUGCGUAAGGUAUGCCGAGAAGGUGAAUAUUACGAGGAUAUGAUGCGUUAUCUUCGAAAGAACUUGGCGCUGUUUCCUUAUCAUCUUGCAGAGUAUGUUUGCCGUGUAAUGAGGAUUUCUCCAUUCAGAUACUAUUGUGACAUUAUAUUUGAAGUCAUGAAAAACGAACAGCCUUAUGAUCGCAUUCCAAAUUUUAGUGCGGCAGAUGCCUUGCGACUCACUGGGAUAGGCAGAAAUGAAUUUAUCGAUAUCAUGAACAAGUGUAAAUCUAAGAAAAUAAUGUGGAAGCUGAACAAGUCAAUAGCUAGAGAAUCAUUGCCUUUGCAACCAGUGGACAUCACAAUUGAACCUUGGUGGGGAGUCUGUCUAGUCAACUUUACACUGGAAGAAUUUAAGAAACUUUCAGAAGAAGAAAUUGCAACAAUUGACAGAAUAUGCAAGGAGGAAGCAAAUGCAUUCAUGCUCUUUGAUCCAGUUGUCAUCAAGGGUCUUUACCGUCGGGGACUAGUCUACCUUGAUGUUUGUGUUUAUGCAGAGGAUCGAUUUAAAGUAUGCAGGCUAGAAGGGUUUGUUUCAAACAGAGAGCAGUCCUAUGAAGACCCUAUUGAGGAGUUGCUUUAUGCUGUUUUUGUGGUUUCAAGUGAGAAUUCAACUGUUGCUGAAUUGGCCACAACAUUACAGGUCGAACUCUCUCAACUACAGGCUGCUUCGUCUUUUGCUUGUCGAUUAGGAUGGGCAGUAAAACUAAUAGACCCUGGAUCUAUUCUUCAAGAAUCAAGUACUACUAGCUCUUAUAAAAAUGCACUCAGUGAUGAGGAAGAAAGUUCUCGUGCUAGUGUGGGCUCUUUCAACAUGUCUGUUGAUGGCAGUGUAUUUCAACAAGAUGGGGCAGAUAGCUCUGGACCUAGUUCUGGUUAUGCUCGUGUAGCUUUUGUUGUUGAUGCUAACAUAACAUCAUAUCUUAUGAUGGGAUCUGUUUCACCAGGCUUAAAGUCACAUGCAGUAACAUUGUAUGAAGCAGGGAAACUCGGUCAUGCUAGCAUAAAAGAUCUCUGCCAAGAUCUUAGCACAUUAGAAGGAGCCAAAUUUGAGGGGGUGCUUCAGGAAUUUGCCAACCAUGCAUUUAGCCUCCGAUGUGUUUUGGAGUGUUUAACAUCUGGAGGAAUAGCUCCCAAUGAGGGGGAUAAGCCUGACAUGGAUUCUUCAAGCAAUGAAGAGGCCACUUCUAUGACAGCAGAUAAGUUGCAAAGAGAAGAAUCUGGACAUGCUGUUAUUAAUGAAUCCGGGGUACUUGAUGAUUCUGUGUCUUCUGCAAUGCCUAAGGAGGAUGUUGAUUCCCAUAGUCCUGUGACCGAAGAUACUAAUGAUGUUAACUCCUUGCCUACAAUAUCUGCAGAUGAUAGUGAGGGCUCCAAUUUGGAUCAUGGUUCUCAGGAUGAUGUUAAAUUAGUAUCUGCUGAAGGUUCUGAUGUUGGAGACAUAGUAACUAGGAAAAUAAGGAAAUAUCAAGUAGAUGUCUUGCGCUGUGAAAGCUUGGCUACUCUUUCAGCAGCAACGCUAGAUAGGUUGUUUCGUCGUGACUAUGAAAUUGUUGUGUCAAUGCUACCACUUCCUCAUAAUUCUGUACUGCCUGGACCCAGAGGUCCGGUUCAUUUUGGGCCCCCUUCUUACACAUCCAUGACACCAUGGAUGAAGUUGGUAUUGUAUUCAGCUGCUGGUGGACCACUAUCAGUUGUUUUUAUGAAAGGCCAGUGCUUAAGAUUACUUCCUGCACCAUUAUCUGGUUGUGAGAAAGCCCUUGUAUGGUCAUGGAAUGAAUCUUCAGUUGAAGAUAAGUUCCAAGGGGGUUUAGUUAAAGGAAAUAUACUACUACAUUUUUUAAAUUCACUCCUCAAACACACAGCCAUAUUAGUGCAGCCCUUAAGCAGGUAUGACCUUGAUGGGUCUGGAAAAAUGAAUACCAUGGAUGUCCCUCUGCCAUUAAAGAACUCUAAUGGUUCAUUUGCUGAUAUAGGGAAGGAAUUGGGGCUUGGCACAGAUGAAAGUUCAAAGUUGAACUUUCUGUUGAACACUUUGGCCAAUAAGAUAGAGCUAUGGACAGUUGGUUAUAUUCGUCUGCUGAAGCUCUUUAAAGAAAGUGAUCCCAACAGUUUUGCACCUGAUCAUGAUAAUUAUGAAUGGGUUCCACUGAGUGUGGAAUUUGGGAUUCCACUAUUUAGUCCAAAUUUAUGCAAGAAUAUUUGCAAAAGAGUGGUUUCAUCACAAUUAUUGCAGACAAAUUUGUUUACUGAGCAUCACAAUGCAAUGCAAGAACUGAGGAAAAGGUUACAAAAUGUGUGUUCACAGUACCAAGCAACUGGUUCAACUGCAAGGAUCCUUUACCAAAGAGAUCAACCAAAAACUCAAAAUAAACUUCUUAUGACCUAUGCGAGUCAGAGAUGGAAUCCUCUCACAGAUCCGUCUUCUCCAAUUUCUGGAAUGAGUGAUCAUCAGAGAUUAAAAAUUGCUAAUAGGCAACGCUGCGGUACAGAAGUCUUGAGCUUCGAUGGAAACAUUUUAAGAUCCUAUGCUCUUUCUCCAGUCUAUGAAUCUCCCUUGAGUUUAUUUGACGAGACUCCUGACUUAACCGGUGAUAAAUCAGAUGAGAUGGACACCAGAGAAGCUAUUCUGCCAGGUGUUAAUCUUUUAUUUGAUGGAUCUGAAUUGCGCCCUUUUGACAUAGGUGCUUGCCUUCAGGCUAGACAACCAGUAUCUUUAAUUGUGGAGGCUUCAGUCGCCUCUGCUGCAUCUUCCGGUGUCAAAUAGGAGCCCAGCAGAUGCUAAACUUGCAUGCCAAAAGUGUAUAUACAAGAAUUUCUCUGUAUACUAACCUGGACAAAACCUUUUUCCUUGCUUUGUGCUUCCAUGCUGCUGAAGGUUCAGGGCAUACCUGCAGUUUCUGGGACUACCCGUUACUAGUCAACACAAGACGCAUAGGUAACAAGCUUACGAGCACAGACAAUAUCUUUGCUAACGACUAUGGGCAAUAUAUCGACUGAAAAAAGAAAG